CUUUCAUCCCCUCUCUGUCUCUCUCCCACAAGUCAUCGAAUCUUGUCCCUUUGCUCCUCUGCGUUUUCUUACAUCUAUACUUCAUACCCAUUUCCUGUUUCACCGUCUCUGCUUCUCUACUAACUCUCUCUUCCUUCUCAAGAAAGAGUUUCGAUUUUCUGUAUAUAGGUCUCUGCUCUUGGUGUGGUUGGUGUUUGAUAUCGUUUUUCUUUGAUCGGUGAGAUCUAAUCCUAGCCAGUGGAUAUUAGCUGCAGCCUGUUUCACGUGGGUAGCUAUUUCAGUUCUGUGAGAUUAUUAGGGUUUAGGUGAUGAAGAGAGAGGAGAAGAUACUGGAACCUAUGUUUCCUCGACUUCAUGUGAACGAUGCUGACAAAGGAGGAGGACCUCGAGCUCCUCCUAGAAACAAGAUGGCUCUCUAUGAGCAGCUUACCAUCCCUUCUCAGAGAUUUACUGAUCAUGGUUCCUUGCCACGUAACACCAACACUUUGUUUCCGUCUAACCAGCCUUGUGGCGUGGAAAGAAACUUGUCUCCGCAGCAUCUUGAUUCUUCAGCUUCUAGCCAUGUAACCCAAACGUCCUUCAUGGAAAACGUGACAACAACUUUAGCACAUCGUCGCCAUCAAAGGAAAACGCUAAGAGAGGAAGAUGAUUUUGCGGUUCCAGUAUAUACUAAUAAUAGCUCAAGAAGAUUUGGUAGAACCAAGAGUGGGACUAAGAAGGAAAAACGCACUACAUUGGUUACAGAGGAAUUGGAUCUUGAAAAAUCAGCAUCGAGUUUUGAAAGAGUAAAUGAUUAUAAUGCUUCCUUUAGACAAGAGUCUAGAAGUAGGUUAGACCGAGAUAUGGAUGAAACUCAUAAUGGAGUUGAAUCUCAUGACAAUCUUAAUGAGAUCGAUAAUGUUGGUGGGCACUGCAGAAGUGGAAAAUACGUCUCUAUGCAGCAUAUAAAUGAAGAGGCAUGUGAUGAUGACUUAAUGGGUUCUUCUUUAUCCAGCGUAGUAGACGUCUCUCCUGAUGAAGUUGUGGGAGUGUUAGGUCAAAAACGUUUCUGGAGAGCAAGGAAAGCUAUUGCCGAUCAACAAAGAAUAUUUGCGGUUCAACUAUUUGAGUUGCACAGACUAAUUAAGGUUCAAAGACUUAUUGCUUCAUCAUCGGAUGUCUUGCUGGAUGAGAUCAGUUAUCUUGGAAAAGUUUCUGCUAAAAGCUUUCCAGUUAAGAAGCUUAUAGUAAAGUCUCUGCUACCACACGCUACCAAACACAGAAGCAGCGACUCAGACAAGACUGACCAACAUAAAAUGGAAUGCUCAGCUGAGAACGUAGUUGGGAAGCUGUCAAAUCAACCGUCCAACCACAUGCCGUUUGCGACCAACCAAGCCGCUGUAAAUGGAUGUUACUAUCCUCCUCAGCCUCAGCCUCAGCCUCAGCCUCCUCCUUCGUCUGGAGGAAAUCAGCAAUGGUUGAUCCCUGUAAUGUCUCCUUCCGAAGGGCUAAUAUACAAGCCUCACCCAGGUCCAGGACACACAGGGCCGGCCUAUGGAGGUUAUUAUGGUCAUUUUAUGCCUGCACCGAUGGUCAUGGGUAAUGGCUACUUCCCUCCUUAUGGUAUAAUGCCAACCAUGAUGAACUCUUACGGUUCAGGCCAACAACAACAACAGCCCAAUGAGCAAAUAAAUCAGUUUGUGCAUCCUGGUAACCUUCAGUACGCAUCAUCUGUGAACACGCAACAACAGAGCUCCGUGAAUGAAGAGAUCUCACAACAACAGCCAACAAAAUCUUAUCCUAGGGCUAGAAAGAGCAGGCAAAGGAGCAUAGGAAGCAGUCCAAGUGGUCCAGAGGGUGAUGAUGACAACAAUGAGCCUGAGCAAAUGAUGACGACAACCACCACAACAACAAGAACAACUGUUACUCAGACAACAAGGGAUGGAGGUGGGGUGACGAGAGUGAUAAAGGUUGUUCCGCACAACGCCAAGCUGGCGAGUGAGAAUGCUGCUAGGAUUUUCCGGUCGAUACAAGAAGAACGUAAACACUACGACUCCUUUUCUAACCACUCUUAA